UUUUUUGUUUUGGCUGGAUUGACAUCACAUAUUUUCCUCUGUCUCCUCCACCCAUGGCUCCUCCUCUCCCAGACCCUUUCUAAUUGGAUUUCAUUACCGUUUCCUUUCACUUUUUUUUUUUUCUUUUUCCCCGAGCCAGACUCUCUGGUCCAACAGAAAAGCUCUACUGUGGUUUCUUUUCAACACACAAUCAUCAUCAUCAGCAACAGCAGCUCCCAAAGACUUCACUGCACCCUGCCUUGACACUGCAAUGACCUCACUCAGGCUGUUACUCUUGUUGUACUCCCUCUUCAUCCUACAAGUCCAUUUUUCCAAUCAGUUGGAUGACAACAAGAUCCCAGCCAGUCUGUGUACUGGUCAUCCUGGUAUCCCUGGCUCACCUGGUGUUCAUGGCAGCCCUGGUCAGCCAGGAAGAGAUGGAAGGGACGGGAGGGAUGCUGCUCCAGGGGAGAAAGGGGAGAAGGGGGACAGAGGAGACCCAGGUGAGACAGGAGUGCGAGGCCUGACUGGAGACAAAGGUGACCCUGGAGAAAGGGGGGAGAGGGGGCAGCCAGGAGAGUGUGCAGUAGCUCCCAAAUCAGCCUUCAGUGCCAAGUUGUCACAGACCCUCUCUUUAUCCCUCACGGUGGGCGACACUGUUCAUUUUGACACCAUCAUGCUCAAUGAACAGGGGGACUACAACACAGAGACGGGACGCUUCACCUGCAGAGUCCCUGGAGUCUAUUACUUUGCUGUCCACGCCACAGUUUACCGCGCCAGCCUGCAGUUUGACCUGAUGAAGAAUGGACACACGGUGGCAUCUUAUUUUCAGUUUUACGGUAACUGGCCCAAACCGGUGUCACUGUCCGGUGGCUCUCUGCUCCACCUCAUUCCUGGGGACCAGGUGUGGGUCCAGAUUGCUCUCGCUGAGUACAAUGGAUUUUACUCCAGCACCAAGACAGACAGCACCUUUACUGGCUUCCUGGUGUACUCAGACUGGAAGAACUCAGCUGUGUUUGCAUGAUGGGUUCAUGAGCAUCUCAAACUCUUUUAUUAUCAUGGGUAUUUGUCUAUGUUUUGAUUCAGACACUCUGGUUAAAGAUAGGUGAAUCAGUAGUGAAUUGAUAGAGCUGUAUUUAUGUAACCAUUCAAGAACAUACUAAAACUACUACUUGAACAGCACAAAGCAUGGCAAGAUGUAAGAUGCAUACACUGAACAGUACCUGUUCUUCACUUUCAGCCUUUAAACUGCUGUCUCACUUCAUUAUUGUAACAGAUGUUGCGAAAUUGGCGUUCAUCCAGCUCCAGGCCACAAACUCAGAUAGCUUUCAUGCCAUUAUUGGACUUUGUUUUUCAUCAGUGUAUAUAGCUAACAUGAAUCAUGAAAAUAAAUCUGUAGACUUUG